ACUGUGACUGGGUAAUAGGUAUCUACUUGGUUUUGUAUUUAACCUGUAGGUAUUACUUUUGAGGGGAUUCAAUAUUCUUUUCAGCACCAAUCUCGUCAUCAUGGGGGACACGGCGCCAGUGGAUGCAUCUUCGCAGCAUGCGGGGUUGCUCAGCAAAGUCAUGACACUUGUGCGGAGACGGCCCUACCUUCUCCUUUCCAUCCUUGUCCUCACGCCCCCGUUUUGGACGCUGGUAUUCUUUCUCAUGCCCGUGAUCGUCGCAGGGGUAGUUCUGGUAGCCGGCUUCGUUUUUGUUGAUCAGGCAAGCCAAAAGCAAGCUACAAAAGAGGAGGGUAUCAAAACAUCUGAUGCGAAUGGGGGGCCCCAGGAAUCCACACUGGCAAACGGACCUGCUUCCAAGGACAGCGAUACAUCCAGGCCGGUGCCAGAAGUUGCAAGAUUUGAUCAAAGUGCCGAUGCUUCGCUAACAUCAGCGGCGGCGGAUCAGAAGCCUGCGCAUGCAACCACCACCUCCCCAUCAAGUGUGAAGUCAGCAGGCGAAUCCAAGCAAAGCAUCCCGCCCGUUCCAGAUCAAAAGCCUGCCGCAGAUCCGAUCAACCAAGGAUUGCCUGCGGCAGGCCCCAAGGCAAUUGAGGUCCAAAACCCUAGCGUGCCAGCUCCGAUGACUGGUCCGGCAAUGCUGGCUAGGGCGGCUGCUCUUAGGAAGAGCAAACUAGAAGCUGCUUCAAGGAGCUCUGGGGAGACUCUCUUCCUGUACGGCUCUCAGACGGGCAAUGCCAUGGAAGUCGCCAAGAGUUUGAAUGCUGAGGCGGCGACACAUGGCAUCGCCAGCCGCGUCCUGGCCCUUGACGAGAAGCCCCUCCACAAGAUCCCUGGUACCACCAAGGCCGCCGUCUUCGUCGUGAGCAGCACUGGAGACGGUGACCCCCCUGAAAACUGCGAGCGCUUCCACAACGCCCUCAAGAGGCGGACGCACGCAGCAGAUCUGCUUGCGGGGGUGCAAUUUACAGUGCUCGGGUUGGGGGACUCGAACUACACGACAUACAUGGGGGUUCCGAGGGUAUUCACAUCGCGGCUGCCGGAAUUGGGCGCGAAGCGGUUCUACAAGAACUGCGAGGCGGAUGAGGUGGAUGGGCUUGAGGACGUCAUCGACAAGUGGAAGGAGGGUCUCUGGGACGCACUCAAGGCCGCAGUAUCCGAGGGCGCCAACCCCCCCUCCGUUGCCCCCCUCCCCAAUGGAACCGCCAACCCCCCCCCAGCAAGCAAAGAGAGCAAGCUGGUCGGAGUGCCCCCCCUGCAAAAGAGCCGCAUCAAACUCAUCUGGCAAGGGGCAGAGACCAUCAGAACACAUGGGAAGCUGUCGUCAGCAACAAACGGAACAGUGACGUCAUUGGAGAACGGGAAUCCGACGAUUGAAUACAGUGCGGCGCACCCGUUCAGUGCAGAGGUAACGGCGGCCGAGUACAUGACUGCGAGCUGGUCGGACCGGCGCGUAAUUCACCUAGAGGUGGACAUUGCGCGGACUGGCGCAAGCUACAAGCCCGGCGACUCUCUAGGCGUCCUCCCCGAGAACCGGCCCGAGCUCGUCGACGGUCUGCUGGAACGGCUGGGAGCUGAUGGGGGGCGAGUUUUCUCGGUCGCCGCUGUCGAUGACGUCGGCACGGGGCAAGGCGAUGGCAGUGCUGACGUGGCAGGAGGCGCGCGUCUGCUGGGCCACGUGGGGUGGCCGUGCACGCUGCGCGAGGCGCUCCUGCGGCACUGUGACGUCACAGCCGUCGCGCGGAAGGGGUUGCUCCGCGUCCUGGCCGAGUACUGCGCGGACUCGGCCGAGCGAACGGAACUGCUGAUGCUCUCGAGCCGGGGAGGGCGGGACGCCUAUAAGGUCCAGAUCCAGGAGGUGCGGCCCAGCCUGCUCGAGAUCCUCAAGAGGUUCCCGUCCUGCAAGCCAGACCUAGCGCACCUGCUCGACAGCUUGCCGCCCCUCGUCGCGCGAAUGUAUUCCGUCACGUGCAACGCAAACGACGCCCCGGGAAGAGUCCAAGUCGCGUUUAGCGUUGUUAAGGAGCAAACCGGUGACGGGCGAGUCUUCCACGGGGUUUGCACCUCCUGGUUAGAGCGGCGGUUAGGGCUUGACCCGAAGACGCAGCGCCAGUUCGUCGCUAACCCGUCCGCCCGUGUAAGCGUGCCCGUUUUCCUGAAGAGCGGGGGCGAUUUCCGGCUGCCGGAGGGCUUAACCGCGCCGCUGCUAAUGAUCGGUCCGGGGACGGGCGUUGCGCCGUUCAGGGGAUUUCUGCAGCAGCGAAGGGAACGGUUGCAGGCAGGGGGCGAAGCGGGGCCGGCGUGGCUCUUCUUUGGGUGCCGAAAGGAAGACGAGGACUUCUUGUACGAGAAGGAUCUGCGGAAGUUCGAGACGGACGGAACGCUGACCAAGCUGGUGACGGCGUUCUCGCGCGCGGGAGACGCAAAGGUGUACGUGCAGCACAAGCUGAGCGAGCAUGCCGAAAAGUUGGCGAGUUUGAUUCAGCACGGGAAAGCGCACGUCUUCAUUUGCGGGGACGGGGUCAACAUGGCCAGGGACGUCCAUGCGGCGCUUGUGAAGGUGCUGGUCGACGGUGCCCAGAUGGCGGAGGGAGACGCAACCGCGCUGCUCAAUAACAUGGUGAAAGAGAAGCGCUACGUGCGUGACAUCUGGUCUUGA